CAUCCAAUAAUUUCAAAAACCUUUUUUUCUCUGCUAUCGAUCGAUCGAUCAAUCUUUCCUGUUUUUUCUUUAAUGGCUAUGGAGGAAGUAAGGCCGCACCCGGAGCUGCCUCCGGGAUUUAGGUUUCAUCCUACUGAUGAAGAGCUGCUCAUUCAUUAUCUGAGGAAGAAGAUCUCUUCUUCUCCUCUGCCGGUCUCCAUUAUUGCAGACGUUGAUCUCUAUAAAUUUGACCCCUGGGAUCUGCCAGGAAUGGCGAGAUUCGGGGAGCAGGAAUGGUAUUUCUUCAGCCCUAGGGAGCGAAAGUACCCGAACGGCGCGCGGCCGAACAGGGCGGCGGCGUCGGGGUACUGGAAGGCCACAGGCACUGACAAGCCCGUGGUCAUAUCAGGAACCUCGCAUAAGGUCGGUGUGAAGAAAGCUCUGGUUUUCUACCAGGGCAAACCCCCCAAGGGCAUCAAAACGAACUGGAUCAUGCACGAGUACCGCCUCACCGACACCACAGGCAUAGGCUCCCCUUCGCCCAGGCGAAAAGGAUCUCUGCGACUCGAUGAUUGGGUGCUCUGUCGAAUUUACAAAAAGGUGAGCCAUUUUCCCAGAGGAGAAGGAAGCGAAGGGGAGGAUUCAAUGGCUGAUUCUUUGCCUUCUGCAGGGCAACACUCUCAGGAGAACAUAGAACCUGCCCCCAAAUUCGAUUCCUUCUCUGAUCUUUUCCAGUUGGAAGAUCCAAACUUUCUGGGCGGGUAUUCAGACACUUCCUACGCCAACGGGACUCUGCCCGUUGCCAAAGACAUGGCAUCUGCAAAACUGAAUUCUUUGAAGAGAAAGCUGUCGCUUGUAAUGGAUGAUGACGAUCUCACCUCUCCCAAGAGAUUAAACAACAUUAAUAACAGUCAAAAUGCUUUUCCCGCCUCAUUUUCUCAGCCUUUCAAUCUCCAAAAGGCUAACUUCGGUCCUUCGCUGACCGAUUUGCAGCAAAUGUAUUCAUUUCCGUUCCCUGAAAACAGAAGCUGGAACACCCAAACAGGGGCCCCUGCCUGGUUACCAUAGCCUUUACUCUGGAUUGAAAUCAACAAUUUAUUUGUAUACUGCCCUUUUCACACAGUGCUUGAUCCAAUUUACAUGAUUUUCAUCUCUUUUCUCCCAAAUUGUUUCGCCACUCCCGCCAGGUAGCUCCAUGGAUUCUUGUUUUGUCGCCCGGGUUGCAAGAUUGCAUUUUGUUCAAGAGCUGUGUAAAAUUAAAUUCUUUAGUUUAUACAUUUCCUUCUGGUGAUCCCGCUGAUCUGUACAUUCCAUGCCAUUCUUCUUCUUCUUACUCUGUUCAGAACGGAAGAUAUUUGAAGAUUGAUUUGAUGAUGAAGGCCAGAGUGUAGCCAUGGUAAAUAUUUAUUACAGGGUUUUAGAAAUACAGUGCACAUCACGAUACUUCUGACAAAGGGGAAAAUGCAUGCCCCUGGAGAGAGAAAUGUAGCUCAUUUUACCCAAUUAAAAGUAGUAAAGAACCAAACAAAUUUUACAUUUUGUAAGAAGUCGACCCAAAUGAAAUGAUGUACAAUUUCCUUUUACAUUAA